GACUCAGGCGCCUUGACUGCUUGCGGCGCAUUGUUACAUCAUUGGCAAACACUGGUCACACUGACCCUCCGCUAAGGUAAUCAGUCCGAAAACAAUGUAAAACGAGCCCACCCCAUCCGUACUUGCUCCGUCUAUCUUACCGUCGAGAGUGCGUCUUCCGAGCAGAGUUCUUAGAGAUACGUUUGCGUUCGGCGUGUUGACGCCAUGUCCUCCACGCCGCCACCUCGUCUCGAUCAUCCAGACAAGUCGUAUGCAGAAGCGACGAUAGAGCCUCCCGUGCCCCAGACGAACGGAACGGUGCAGAACUCAGACGUCGCAGAGGCAAGAAGAAAGGCUCCGUCGGACGCCCCAGCCCAAUCGAAUGGCGUGGAAGAGCACGAGGACCAAUUCGUUCCUCCACGUCUCGAUGACCCGGCGAAGUCAUAUGCGCAAACCGCUGCGGAGCCCGCACCCGCAGAACGAUACAACGGCACGCCCGCACGAUCACCGGGUGAGUACGAGGGUGCCGGUAUCCUCGAUGCUCCGCCUGUCAGCCCCACGAGAGGAUCGUUCCGGAAGCCGAGAGCGAAGGGGUCGAGGAGCUCGCUGAAGACGAAAAGCACAAGCACGACCAGCUUAAACAGCGAGGACACCUUAUACGAGAGCUACCACCACAACGGCCAAUUGACCAGCAUCAAGCCGAGCAGUGAUUUCGAGGAUAAUCUGGCGCUGGAUGAAAGGGAGAGGAAGCCAUUGCAUCACGGUCGCAAAGCCAAGGGCGAGCAAGAGUUGCAGAUUGCCAGCGGCAGGAUAGCUGCCGCCGGCUGGGAACGCAGUGGCAUUCGAUGGGCGCCGCUCAAUGUGCCCCUGAAACGCCGUAUGCAGACCUUUGUCGUGCUCCUGCAUACGCUCUCCGUGUGCCUCACGUUAGGCUGCUUCUUCUGGUCUUGCGCUAUCCCGCUCUUCUGGCCACUCCUCAUCCCCUACCUCAUCGUCGUCCUCACUUCUAAAGCCGCCACGGACGGCUCUCUCUCCAGCCGCAGCGAGUGGUUCCGUCGCCAGAAAAUCUGGUCACUUUUCGCAUCAUACUUCCCCGCUCGUCUGCACCGCACCACUGAGCUUCCGCCCACGCGAAAGUACGUAUUUGGAUACCAUCCUCAUGGGAUCAUAAGCCACGGCGCUUUCGCAGCCUUUGCGACGGAGGCAUUGGGCUUCUCGCAGCUUUUUCCUGGAAUCACCAAUUCCCUUCUCACGCUCGACUCCAACUUUCGGGUUCCAUUCUAUCGAGACUACCUACUUCGUCUCGGGAUCUGCUCAGUCAGUCGCGAGUCGUGCGAGAAUCUCCUAAGUCGCGGUGGUCCGAACGGCGAGGGCAUGGGUCGCGCCAUCACCAUUGUGGUUGGCGGGGCUCGUGAGUCACUGGAGACGCAACCUGGUACUCUCCGCCUGGUUCUCGACAGUAGGAAAGGGUUCGUAAAGCUGGCUAUCCGAACGGGUGCCGACCUCGUCCCCGUGCUUGGCUUUGGCGAAAACGACAUCUACGAGCAGGUCUCGUCCAAGGACCACCCGCUCAUUCACAAGAUGCAGCUCGCCAUCAAGAAGGUCAUGGGAUUCACUGUUCCGCUGUUCCACGCGCGAGGAAUCUUCAACUACGAUGUUGGACUUAUGCCGUACAGACGGCCGAUGAACAUAGUCGUGGGCAGGCCGGUCAUGGUCAUGAAACAAGAUCGACCAAGCGAUGAGUACGUCAGGGAGAUCCACGAGAGAUAUGUGCGAGAGCUGGUGCGCUUGUGGGACAGUUUCAAGGAUGAUUUUGCGAAGGAGCGGAUCAGAGAGUUGGAGAUCAUCGCAUGAUAGUGGAAGGGGAGACGGUUGAACAGGUGUGGUCAUAUCCUCCGAACAAAACAUGAAUUAAGCAGCUACAUAUGCAGAAAUCGCAUCGAACAGCUUUUUUUUUUGGUUUCACGCACUGCUUCAAUGGUUCCCUUCCUUCCCAGCGCCUUAAGAGGCCAUGGCUUCCUGAACUGCCUUCAAAAUCUGAGGGUGGUGCGCUGCA